UGAAGCAACAUUAUUUCCGCCCUGCUCCGGUGCCGUCCUGAAUUAUCUCCGCGAGGAACAUAUAAAUGGACAGUGAAACGAGUGUGUGACUGACAGCCGCUCUGCUCUGUCUGUCUCUCCGCCUGUCGCUCCUCACAGUCUGAACCCGAAGCAGAGGAUGGAUGGAAACUUUCCACCGGCUGCUAUCUUGAGAGUGGUCCUGCUAACCGUCGUGUUGUCAUCCUCAACUGCUUUCUUGGAGCCUUACGACCUUUUGUAUGACAACGCGGUGCAGGCAUUUUACAGCAGCGACUAUGGCGAUGUGGUGCGCUACAUGGAGGGAGCGCUCAGCAGCUACGGAGAAGUCCGGCGCACCAAGGUCCGGUGCCGGCUGAGGUGCCAGGACCAGCAUCAGUUUGAUGAGACCUUCUCGGACCUGCGCUUCUUCGACGUGGUCCUGCGGAGAGCGGCGUGUAUGGACGAAUGCAUCGAGGAGAAACUGGGCACGCAGUCUGUGCACAAAGUCAGCCAGGAUGUAGUGCAGGACUUCCACAGGAGGAUCCCCUACAACUAUCUUCAGCUGGCUUAUCAGAAGCUGAAGCAGCCUGACAAGGCAGCAGCGGCAGCUCACACCUAUUUCCAGGCUAAUCCAGAACAUGUGGAGAUGGGUCAGAACCUGGAGCAGUACAAAGACCUGCAGGGCGUUGAGGAGGACCACUUUGUAGACCGAGAAGCCCGGCCUCACCAGCACUCGUUCACAGCAGCCGUGAGGUUGUAUGAUAAGGGCGACUAUGAGAGUGCUAUCGCUCUGUUUGAGGAUGCUUUGCUGGAGUACUAUAAAGCAGAUGUGGAGUGUCGGGCCCUAUGCCAAGGGCCGCAGAGGUUUGAGGGCCACGAUCACCUCCGCUACCGCUACAGCCUCCAUGAACUCAUAUCAGAUCACUUCACUCAGAUGCUCCACUGUGAACAUGAGUGUGUCAGAGAUCUCGCCACCCGACCAGGCCGUCUCUCACCCAUGGAGAACUACCUGCCUCUGCACUACGACUACCUUCAGUUUGCCUACUUCCAGGUGGACAGGCUGGAGGAGGCGCUGCAGUGUGCGCUGAGCUACCUUUUAUUCCACGAGGGAGAGGAGUUCAUGACCGACAACGUGGAUUACUAUAGCGAGGUGCUGGGACACAACGGCGAACCACGAGAGAAAGCUGCAUGGUACCUGAGGAGGCACAAACAGGAACUGGAGCUGCUGCUGAUUGGCAGCAAAACAAUGGGUGUUGAAUUUACCGAAGGGAAUUACUGGAGCAGCACGGGUGGAAGAGACGACUCAAACAGGAUUCCCUCCGGUACAGACGGAUGGAUGGAGUAUGUUCCCAUCUCAGAGAAGAGGAACGUCACUGUUGCUGCUCCACAGCAACUCAAUGAAGGUGGCCCCUUGGUGUAUGAAAGCGUGCAGCUGGUGCAGAACUCUGCAGCACUGAACGGGACCCAGCGGGUGCUGCUGGAUCAUGUUAUAUCUGAGGAGGAGUGUGCAGAGCUCAGGCACCUGGCACAUGCUGUCACCAUGGCAGGAGACGGUUACAGAGGGAGGAUGUCUCCACACACUCCCAAUGAGAAAUUUGAAGGAGCCACUGUGCUUAAAACCCUGCAGUAUGGCUAUGAGGGCAGAGUGCCAAUGAGGAGCGCUCGCCUCUUCUACGAUAUCAGUGAGCGAGCGAGACGCAUCAUUGAGUCCUACUUCCUGCUCAACUCCACCCUGCAUUUCUCCUACACACACCUGGUGUGCCGGACAGCCAUCACAGGCCAGCAAGACCACAGGAAUGACCUGAGCCAUCCCAUCCAUGCUGACAACUGUCUGCUGGACCCCGAGGCCAAUGAAUGCUGGAAGGAACCACCAGCAUACACAUACAGAGACUACAGUGCACUAUUGUAUCUGAAUGGAGAUUUCGAAGGAGGGGAGUUCAUAUUCACAGAAAUGGAUGCUAAAACAGUCACAGCAUCAGUGAAGCCCAGGUGCGGCAGGAUGGUGGGUUUCUCAUCAGGAGGGGAGAAUCCACACGGCGUGAAGGCCGUCACCAGCGGGCAGAGGUGUGCUGUGGCUCUGUGGUUCACCCUGGACCCACUCUUCAGAGAACUGGAGAGACUGCAGGCGGAUGAGGUGAUCCAGGCAUUGGACACACAGUCUGUGUGGGGACAGGGCCUCAGCAUUAACCCUAAAGAUGAACUGUAGAAGCAGAAAAAACAGCUUUGCCCCCCCCCUCCCCCC